UCUGCGACCAACCGACUACCCGCGACGAGUACAUUUUGCUCAAUGGUUUUUGCGACAAAAUGAACUAAAUCCUGAUUUUUCACGGCGCAUUCUUUUCACCGACGAAUGUUCAUUUUCCCGAGAAGGAAUGUUUAAUGCACACAAUUGGCACUUCUGGGCACACGAAAAUCCACAUCUCACUAGGGUGAGAGCGUAUCAGGAGCGAUUUACUAUUAAUCUAUGGGCUGGAAUCAUUGGUACCACUGUGGUGGGGCCGUUUGUGUUACCUGAUCGCCUUAAUGGGGAAGCAUAUGCUAAUUUUCUACGACUAGAACUUCCGGCGUUGUUGGAAGACGUUCCUUUGAAUGUACGGCGGAAUAUGUGGUUUCAGCACAACGGCGCUCCUCCACAUAAUUCGAUACUUGCACGGCGAACAUUGAAAAGAGUCUAUCCUCAUAGGUGGAUUGGGCGUGGCAGUACUAUCAUCUGGCCUCCUAGAUCUCCAGACCUUUCUCCUUUGGACUUUUUUUUUUAAUUAAAUUAAAAAUUACGUAUAUAGAGAACCCCUAGAUACGUUAGAAGAACUGGAAGACUGCACGAAGCCUACGCUACAGUUACUCCUGAGAUGUUAAAUAAUAUACAACACAACAUAAUGCGACGAGCUAGAACUUGCAUUGAAGUUAAUGGUGAUCAUUUUGAGCACAUUGUUUAAUAACGUUACAGUACAACGAUUCCGGCCCAUAGAUUAAUAGUAUUGCUCUUGAUAUGCUCUCACGUUAGCUAAAUGUGGAUUCUCGUUUGCCCAGAAGUGCCAAUUGUGCGCAUUAAAUAUUCACAUGCUGGUCAAGGAGCCGAUGAUUGGGAAAAAGACCUGUAUAUUCGCGCACAGCAGUGGCUGCAUAGCGUUUACUUUCUCCAUAAAUUAACAUCAUUUCCAAAUAUUCUUUAUACUAGUAUGAAGAAGACAUCAGUGACUUAGUGAUAUUGGUAAUGAUUUGUUUAUAGUUUGUAUUGUUCUUAAAAAAAAAAUGCAACUAAACGAU